UCUCAUUAAAUAAUACUAAUGAAUUUUAUGAGUGCGAAAAUGAAGGAUUAGAUAUAAUAUUCUAUGUUGAAUUGUCAAGUUUGCAUAAUAAUAUUUUAGAGAAUAACGAAUCACAAAAAGAAAAUAUCGAAUUUGAAAUUGGUCGCCAUAUUGUUUCUCUCAUUUCUGAUGGGGACGGUUAUUCAUGGCUUGGGAAACGGCAAGCAAAACAUCCAGAAUUAAACAAACAGCGAGAUACUUUUGCUUUUUUAGAACGUUAUAACUGUAAGGGAUUAAUAAAUAUAGAAAUUUUAUCAGACUUAAACUUAGUUAAAGUCAAAUAUUCUCAUAAAAUGUUGCAUACACGACCAAGACAUGUUUCAACAACCUCUGAAAUCAAAAAAUUUAUUCAAGAUAAUGUUGAUAUUAGUGUUCCUGAAAUUUGGCAUCAAGUUCAUGAUAAUCAUAUUAAUGGAUACGAAAACUUUAGUAUUCAGCAAGCCUACUACUAG